GUCCGUCGUCAGCUCGGCGGCAUCCUCUCGUCCUUCAUCCCGGACUGACCCCGCUAGCUCCGCCACCAAACCUCAUUGACAAAACAGACGAUUUAACAACGCGACGCUUCCCAGUCGACGUGUCCAACUGCUAACGCUCGGUUUUAGCUUGUUAGCUAGUUGUCUGCGUUCAAUCUUGAAGUCCGGACGAAUAAUAACGUUUAAAAUAACGUUUUAAAAAUGGCUGAUCAACGUUUCCUUCGUCAUCGAAUCAACAGCAACAUAACUUGUUAAAGUUGCUUCCCUGGCCUUGCUGCUCACCCACAAUGCAUUGCCAGAGGCUUUGGGUUGUCUCCGACACUCCGAUGUAACGUUGCCACCACUCCAUCUUCAGCAGAUAGCAGUUUUGUAGCAGGAAGGUCCUGUCCUGAUUGGUCGUGUUCACUGUCUUUCUGAAAGCAUGUCUGGCUCAGGUGAUUUACCAGCCAUUGAGGGUCCCGGGAUGGGCGGGAUGAGGCUUCCCAUCGGGAUGACCCGACGGGCCCUCAGCUACGAUGACAACCUGGAGGCCCCCAUGUCCACGCCCCCCCAUGACAUCAGUAUCAACAACUUGUGGAGACGGCCCAUAAUACCUGAAAGGAAGUUCACACAGCUGGCUGAGGAGGAUGAGAGCGGAGCAGUGAGUCAGCCUGCGUUGCAGAAAAGGCCACCGGGCGUAGUGAAAACCAAGGCCUCCUCCAUCAUCAUGAACUCCCUCAUCACCAAGCAGACUCAGGAUAGCAUGCACAGGUUUGAGCAGAGGGCGGGCCUCACCGACACCAGCUACACGCCCCACAAAGGCCUCACCGCUGAGGAGACGAGACUCCACCACCGCAUGCCAGAGUCUCUCCAGAAACUCCAGAUCCAGAGUAUGGAGGCCCGAGAAGAGCGGCCGAACUCCUCAGCCCAGUCCACUCCAUCCAACACACCUCACAGCUCCCCAAAGCAACAACGCAGGACCUGGUUUGGUAGUUCGGGGUCAGAGGUCAGUAUGAGCUCCUCCAACAGCAGCAUGGACAUGGGGGGAGGAGAAACAGCUGCAGGCGCGGUCGAGAAGUGGAGCGUGUUCACGCCGCGUCCAUUCAUUCAUAAGUCGACCUCUGACCUGGGAUCAGAUUCGUCAACUGCAGCAGGCUUUGCUCUGCAGGCGUACCGCGGUGCCCAGAAGCCGACCCCCAUGGAGGUGAUGAAGUCGCAGGCCACGCGGAUGUCCGACAGCAUUGACGCUCAGAAGGCGGCUCCUCCCAAAAUGGAGAUCCCCACAGUGGAAGGUCGGCGGCAGGGACCGCGACCGCACAAGCUCAAACCCAGAGACAUGAACGUCUUGACGCCCUCCGGCUUCUGAGGCGUGACGUCUGUCGAAGCCGCUUUAAGGUCCCAUGAAAUAUAAACCUCACCGUGUUGGUACCAGGUAUCUCUGAAGCUACAGUCACAUCAUCCACCAUUUAAUCACAACUACAGCAACACUGCUCUUUAGUAGUUUGUACAUCGUCCCUGUUAGCAUGACACUUAAAGUUAAAGAUCUGGGAACGAAGUGACGUCGCUGAAAAGGGAGUAAAGAGGAGUGAGAUGAUUUAUUUAGGAGAGAAAACAUCAGAGAUAUUUCAAAACCAUUGUCCUUGUUCUGAUGCCGAUUCUAAUACCGGGACUUUACUUAUCUGCCGAUACUGAGUGAGAAUCCGGUUCCACUUGUGACGUCUUGAAUAAAACACGUCACUGUU